AUGAUGAGCAUUUCAGUUUUUGGUUUGCUUCUUGCAAUUCCUUUUCUCUUAACCAGAGAAUCUGAUUGUAAUGGAGAUUCCCCUUUCAAAAACUGUUCACGAUCUGAUCUCUCAGCCCUUAAUGACUUCAAAAAUGGCCUUGAAGAUCCUGGGAAUAGGCUUUCAUCGUGGCAAUGGAGCAAAUGUUGUCAGUGGCAUGGUAUCAGCUGUGACAAUAGAACUGUUGCUGUCAUUUCCAUUGAUCUCCAUAACCCAUAUCCAGUAAAUCCGGUAUAUCAUUCAAGUUUGAGCAGGUAUGGAUUUUGGAACUUGAGUGGGGAGAUUAGCCCUUCAUUGCUAAAACUCAAGUCCUUGCAAUACUUGGACUUGAGUCUCAACACGUUUAAAGACAUUCCAAUCCCUGAAUUUUUAGGAUCUUUGCAAAGCUUGCGAUAUCUGAAUCUAUCAAAAGCUGGGUUUAGUGGUGAAGUUCCUCCAUCUUUAGGGAACCUCUCUAGCUUGCAGUUUCUUGAUGUUUCUUCUGAAUAUUCACUAAUGGCUAGUAAUCUUGAUUGGGUGACCAGUCUUGUCUCACUGAAACAUGUUGUUAUGGAUGGAGUUGACCUUUCUGUGAUAGGAUCCAACUGGGUCAGAGUGUACAAUGUGCUUCCACAUCUGACUGGCUUGCAUCUUUCAGGAUGUGCCUUGUCUGGUUCCAUUUCAUUUCUUAGCCCAAUUAAUUUUACUUCACUAUCUGUGCUAGACCUUUUUUUCAACAAUAUUAAUUCAUUGUUCCCUAACUGGCUUUCUAAUAUUAGUAGCCUAACCUAUGUUGAUUUAAGUAUGGCUGGUUUCUAUGGUAGAAUACCACUUAGUCUUUCUGAGUUACCAAAUCUUCAGUACUUGAGUCUAGGUAGCAAUAAUCUCUCUGCAAGUUGCUCCCAGUUGUUCAGAGGGAGUUGGCAAAAGAUAGAGGUUCUUGAUUUUUCUUUCAAUAAUAUUCGUGGGAAACUUCCUGCUUCCAUUGGAAACAUGUCAUCUCUCAUCAAUUUCAAUCUAUUUGACAACAGUGUGGAUCGUGGGAUUCCUAGCUCCAUUGGUAAACUUUGCUACUUGGAAAAUUUUGAUUUAUCUAUUAACAAAUUGACAGGUAGUUUGCCUGAAGUCCUUGAAGAAACGCAUUGGGGUUUAAACAGUCCCUUGCCUAGUUUGAUGUACUUGAGCCUAUCCAACAAUCAUUUAGUUGGUAAUUUGCCAGAAUGGUUGAGUCAACUUAAUAAUCUUGUAGGAUUGUCUCUAGACUAUAACUUGUUUCAUGGCCCCAUCCCUGCUUCUUUAGGAAACUUACAAAACUUAACUGGUGUAAACCUUUCGGGGAACCAACUGAACGGGACUCUUCCUGAUAGUUUUGGUCAGCUUUCUCAGCUAUCUGCCUUGGAUGUUUCCCUUUAUAAUCUGAUAGGUUCAAUCUCUGAAGUGCAUUUCUCAAAGCUUAAUAAAUUGAAGUUCUUGGGAUUGAGCUCCAAUUCAUUCUUUUCCAAUGUCAGUUCCAAUUGGGUACCUCCAUUCCAGGUCCAGGAUCUUGAAGUAGGUUCAUGUCAUCUGGGUCCUACUUUUCCAGCUUGGCUAAGAACACAAAAAGAAGUUACAUCGCUUGAUAUCUCCAAUGCCAGCAUCUCUGAUUCCAUACCAAACUGGUUCUGGGAUAUUUCCUCCAACCUGUCACUGUUAAAUGUUUCUUUUAAUCAGUUACAUGGCCAGCUAAAAAAUCCUUUGACUGUAGUUCCCUUUGCAGAUGUUGAUUUGAGCUCCAACUUUCUAGAAGGACCAACUCCCCUUUCCACUUUUGAAAUUGAGUUGCUAGAACUCUCCAACAAUCGUUUUUCAGGUCCUAUUCCAGAAAAACUUGCUCAAUCCAUGCCAAACUUGGUCUUCCUCUCUCUUUCAGGUAACCAAUUGACUGGAGAUAUCCCAGUCUCUAUAGGAGCUAUGGUGUCCCUUGUGGUCCUUGAUCUUUCAGGUAACAGCUUAUCAGGUAGCAUUCCUUCAAGCAUUGGGAAUUGCUCUUUCCUAAAUGCAAUGGAUCUUAGCUUCAACAAAUUGUCCGGGGAGAUUCCAUUGUCUUUUAGUCGGUUAAAUCAGCUCAGGUCACUUCAUCUGAGCAAUAAUAAAUUUGGUGAAAUUCCUUCCACUCUGUCAAAUUUAAGCUCACUGCAGGUCCUUGACCUUGCUAAAAACAAUUUGGCUGGAAGCAUUCCAGUCACUUUUGGAGAUUUUAAAGCCAUGUCUCUGGAACAGUACAUAAAUGAAUAUCUACCGUAUGGGAAAUACAGAGGCGUUUACUAUGAAGAAAGCUUGAUUGUGAAUAUAAAAGGUGGGGCUCAGAAGUAUACAAAAACUCUUUCCUUGGUCACUAGUAUAGACCUUGCCAGCAACAACUUACAUGGAGAGUUUCCUAAAGAAAUCACAAAAUUGGUGGGCUUAGUGGCUUUGAACUUGUCAAAGAACCAAGUCAUCGGUCAGAUUCCUGGAAGCAUUUCAAACUUGCGGCAAAUUUCUUCUCUUGAUCUUUCGCACAAUAGGCUCUCAGGUGCAAUUCCUUCCAGCAUGUCUACAUUAUCAUUUUUAGGUUACUUGAAUUUGUCCGACAAUAACUUCUCAGGCAUGAUCCCUUAUAUGGGGCAUGUGACAACUUUUGAUGCAUCAUCUUUUGAUGGGAACUCUGGUCUUCGUGGAGCUCCACUAGUCCUCAAAUGCCCUGGUAAUGAUUCAGAUGGAGGAGGAGGUUCCAUUGUAGAAGACAGUAGUGAUGGUUUCAGUGACAUGUGGUUUUACUUGAGCAUUGGCUUGGGAUUUGCAGUAGGUAUUUUAGUUCCUUUUCUGAUUUUUUCUAUCAGAAAACCUUGGAGCCAUGCCUACUUCUUGCUUGUGGACAAAACUGUUGAUAGACUACUAUAUUUGGCCUGCAAAACUGCUACUCGUUUCAGGAAUCGUUGCAAUUUCCAAGCCUAAUUUCAUUAAGUGCUUUAGUGCAAAUCCGGUGGAAGUGAGUUUCAUAUAAA